UGCUGCCAAAAUCGUGAAGUGCUGUGCGUGUGGGGUGCUUGCCAUGUUAAAAAUUAACAGCGCUUCGUGGAGAGAACGAAAAGACUAGCGCGCAUCUCGACAUGUCGGUCACGUUCCAGACGCCGCCCCAUUUGGAAAGCCUCAUCGAGAAAGUUUGCAACAACUGCAAGUGCCCACGAGAAUCGCACGAUGUGUACCACGAAGAGUUCGUCAACGUGCGCGACCGCAUCGGCAUCAAGGCAUCUGACCCUUCGCAGCACACUUCCAAGGAGAAGACGCUGCAGGAAGGCUACUCCUGGGUGCCACCGGGACUUUCUAGUGCAAAGAUCGAGGAGUACUUUGCCCAGCUGCCAAAUCACAAGGUACCGCGGCUGGGAAGUCCGGGCGAGAAGUACCGAGACCGGCAGCUCAUCGUGCAGCUGCCCAAGCAGGACCUGGCCCUGGCCUACUGCAAGUUCCUGGAGCGGGAGUGUCACCGGGCAUUCGAGGACUUCGUCAACGCUCGCAACGAGAUCGCCCUCGACAUCGGUUACGUCAGGGAGGCCCUCGACAAGACGCUGGAGUGCCACAAGUGCGGCGGUGUGCUGCCUGGCGGUGAGCUGGCGGUGAUUGCGCCCAAGUUCGGCGAGAUGGUCGCCUGGCAUCCGGCUUGCUUCGUGUGCGGCACCUGCAACGAGCUGCUCGUCGACCUGACCUACUGCGCCAAGGACGGAACGCUCUACUGCGAGCGACACUACGCCGAGACGCUCAAGCCCCGGUGCGCGGCAUGCGACGAGGUGAUGUUCUCCGGUGGCACAGAAAGCAUCGGCCACCAUGCAAACCGUGAAAGUGUCGUGUUUCAGUUUCUGAGCACUGAACCUGAGGUAUGGUCAAAUAGCGAGGGAGUCUUUGAACAACGUCCAGUCAUCAAAGCAACGUGGGCUGGGUGA